AUGAUAGCAAUGGACGCAAUUGGAAAUCGUUCUUUUCUAUCAGGUAGUAGUGCAGAAGGUCAAACUUAUGCACGUCAUAUGGCGAAUCAAAAUAUUCAAGAUAUUGAUAUUCUUAUUCAUUGUGGCAUUAUUAAAUUAGAGAAAAAUCUUAUUCGAACUAAUGUUCCAGGAUUUGUCAGAAUAAAAUUUGAUGAUGACAUAGAAGCUACUGGUAGUAUAGUAUUUAUAGCUCAAGAUGAUGCGAAUGGUGUUCGUUGUCUAAAUGGGUUUCGACUCAAAGAAAUACAUUGUACAAAAGAAACAAAUAUCGGUGCUCCUUUAUCUUAUGUUCAUCGAUCCGGUCAGACAUCAUCUGAUGCAUCUAGUGCAGCUGCAACACAAACUUUGAACUAUGAAUCGAUUGAUAUUAGCAGAAACUUUCACAAUGCUCUUCUAGAAGUAGAACAACAACGUAAUCAAUUAAAUUUUGAUACUAUUCGAACAAACUAUGUUCUAUUCAGUAAAGGUGUAACCCAAUCCAUUGCUCAAUAUGCUAUGCCAUUAUAUCAAACACCUUCCAAUACAAUGAUGUUUGAAGAACAACAUAUCAAUGAACAAACUUUUCGUGAUCUAUUCACUCUAGUAGGUCCUGUCUAUGAUCAUAGUUUACCACAAGUAACUUUAGUUCGGAUUAAAGCUCUUCUAAAUUUUUAUGAUAAAUAUGCUUAUAUUGGUAAUCCCAAAAAUAUUAAAGAUAUGGCAGAUUAUUUUCAAUCUUGUGCUCCUACUGAUGUUGAUCUCGUUCCUUCACUUCAAUUAAAAUUUUGGCCAACAGAUAUUCAACCUUUUCUCGAACGAAUCAAAAAUAAUCGUCCACUACUUUAUCAUUUAAUUCUAGAUAAAGCAUCAAUGCAUGUCAUUCCAAAAUGGUCAACAAAAACGCCACGAUGUGAUCGAGAACUCGAAUUUCGUUAUUCAUUUUCAGCCAUUGAGUUGAUUCUUGCUCAACAACGUUCCAAUCAGGAACGUGUUUUGAAUGGUAUUGCACGAAGUAUCUAUUAUAAAUUUUUAAAAGAUCAAAAAGUAUCAACACAGAAUGUAAUACCGUCUUAUUUCAUAAAGACUACAGUAUUAUGGAUGUGUGAAACAAUGGAUUUGACUAUUGAUAAUGAAGAAACAUUGACUAAAAGAUGGCUUCAAUAUGCUAUCGAUCUGUUGAAUAAACGUUACUGUCCACAUUACAUCAUUCCUGAUUUGAAUAUACUCGAACCAUAUUCUAUCGAAUCAUUACAAAAAGCUGUCGAAAUUCUAUCACAAGUUGAUAUCAACGAAACUCAUAAAAUACAAAUGUUUUCUGCUAGUGGUCAAGAAUUUUAUCGAAACAAGUAUAAGACAAAUUUAAACUAUUUUUUAAGUCGAAUGAGAGUCAUUGAUAUUAUCAAUGCUCUAAAUGAUUAUCGACAAUUUAAAAAGAAUUGGAUCAGUUUAGAUACACAAUUGAUAAUUGAUGAUGAUGAAAUAGAUAUGAAUGAAACACUCACCAUUCUCAAUACAUUACGUGGUUUAGAUGGUGACUACGAAAAUUGGAAAAAAUUUCGACAAAUAUUUUUAAAUUGCCAACCUCCUCUACAACCAAUUUGGGGUGAAACAGUAAAUGUUGAUAGUGCUGUUGAUUUUGCGGAAGGUUUAUUUAGUAUUGGUAUAAUUCUUACAUUUAUGAAUAAAUAUGUCUCAUCAAAUAGCUUACUUCCCUUACAAGGUGCUGAAUGUAAUAUGCAAGAUUUUCAAAAUUAUCAAAAUGUAAUUCAUCAAUAUUUAGAUCCACAAAUACUUUCCAGUAGUUUACAAUCGACAUAUGCUUAUUGGUACAAUAAAUCAGUAGCCGCAUUUGAACGACGACGAUUAAUUGAUUAUCAUCCUUAUGGACCUGAAAUACAAUCAACUGAAGUCAAACAAGAAGAAAAUCGUUCAAAGAGUCUCAUUGAAUUGUGUCGAAAUGCUCCUGAUCAAAACAUGAUUUUAAGAGAUCUCUUUCUGCAAGCUUUAUUGAAUACUAUGACAGAGGAUGAACUGAUAGCACUUUCUAUUCAAAGAUCUAUUGAAGAUCAAGGCAUUUAA